AUUACCGCGGAUAAUGAUUUUGGAUCCCAGACCCAGAAUCCCAUGCGGAAGCCAGCGGAGCAGAACAACGCAAGACUAUUGGAUAUUGGAUUCGAUGGCCAAAACUGUGGCGCCCGGCCCCAGCAAGCACCGCACCGUCCAUUCCCGAUCGUGAUAAUGGUGACAGGGAUACUCGUGAAUCUCCUUAAGCGAUUCCAUGUUGUUAAUGCAGUUGAUAAGGUUACUAUCAUGUGGGAAACUGGAGAUAUCAUUGCCAAUCCAAUAUUUAAAUUGCUUGUUGAGCGGCCUACUGCAGGCUACUCGCUAUUGGGACUUACUUCGGUAAGAAAUAGGCCAUUUACUUGGGCAUACAGAGAUUACUGGCGUCCAUGAUAUCCAGGAUGGAAUUGUUCAGCAGCUGACUGAAAUGGGUUCUGUCUGGUGGCUUCUCAAUGCACUAAGCAAAAACGAGACACAACUCUAUGCGAUUUUCUAGUCGGCCACCAUGCCUGCUGAAAAUAUUCCAUUUGAAAAGACGGCCUGCAUUUCAUAAGAGCCGGGACGAGCUAUAUUUCAUUCCGCACUAAAUCAGAUACUGACGCUAAUAUUGUGUUCCGACCCACCC